UGACAACCCGGAAGUGAGUUGCAGUCAACAGAGACGAGACGCGCUGAAAUUUACACUAUUCAUUUAGGGUUAGACACACUGGAAACAAUGGCUAACCAAAGCGAAAGUCAAUGCUGCAAAAUAUUUUCCUACACGCUUUUGAAAUUCCUCUUGUUCUUCUACGCCUGUAUCUUCUGGUUAACAGGCAGCUUUAUCCUGGCCAUUGGCAUCUAUGCAGAGGUGGAGCGACAGCGCUUUAAGACCCUGGAUGGGUUGUUUUUGGCACCCUCCAUAAUCCUCAUCCUGUUGGGAAUUGUCAUGUCCAUUGUUUCAUUCGUUGGAGUUUUGGGUUCAUUGAGGGAUAAUGUGACUCUUCUGAAAGUGUUCAUGUUCACCUUGGCAAUUUGCCUGAUCCUCGAGCUGCUGGGAGGAAUAUUGGCUCUAUUUUUUCGCAACCAGACUAAAGACUUACUGAACAAGAACAUCAGAAAGGGCAUAGUGAAUUACUACGAUGACCUAGACUUCAAAAACAUCAUGGACUUUGUUCAGAAGAAGUUCAAGUGUUGCGGAGCUAACGAUUUUAAAGACUGGGAAGUCAACAUGUACCACAACAGUUCUGGAACCGGUCCACUGGCUGGUGGAGUCCCAUACACCUGCUGUGUUACUACUAAGCCUAAUGAAGUGGUCAAUACUCUGUGUGGGUUCAAGGUGCUGGAGCAAGAGCGGCUAGAUUUGAUGGACGUUAUCUAUGUGAGAGGUUGCACUGAUGCGUUCCUCAUCUGGGUGAUGGACAAUUAUAAAAGGAUGGCUAUACUGUUGUUGGUUAUCCUCCUGCCUCAGUUUUUUGGGGUGAUCGUCAGCUGGCUGUACAUAGGUCGUGUUGAAGAAGCCAUAAUCGAGUUCGGCGCCUGCAGGGACGAGCUGCUGCCUAAGGAGGAGGGCCGUGUUUCCAAAUUGUUUAAGUGUAUGCCAGACAAGCAGAGAUACACAUCCAACAGACAGCGUGUUCAGUAAACAAAAGAUGUACAGUUUAACUCUUUUCAUUCAAUUUCUUAAACUUUUUUUUUUAAUGUCCAAAUUGCAUCUGGCAGACUCAGGGAUUAACAUAGGUACUAAAAACACUUCAUACACCUCUCAUGGUUUUCGUUUGCACGGUGAACAUUUGUUUUCCACACAAACAAGUGACAAUGCCUUAACAUUUUUUUGUUUUUAACCACUCUAGUGCCUGCUGAACCGUCAGUGUGCUCUCCUGUGCUGUUUGGUUUUGUAAAGCUACUUAAAAGUUGAAACAUUGUCGAUGAACUUAAUAUGUUUAAUUUCAAUGUAGAUCAUGAUUAGUUUUGAAAAGUUUGUAAAAUGCUGAAUUGCCCUGAAGUUCAUUAAGUUUCAAGUCAUUUUCUUUAUUAUAGGCUUAAAAGUUUUUUGUUUUUUUUAGUAGAGACAUGGUUAGAAAGAAUUGUUUGGUAGUUUUACUCCUAUACUAGAUGGUAAUCUUAGAGUUAAGCACAGCAGUCUAUAGUCUUUCACAUCCCAAGAGUAACAAAUGUAUUUCAGCUCCAAAUGCAAAAUGAGAUUCUUCAAACACGUGCUUUAAAUAUUCAAUUCAAUUCAAAAUUCAAAAAUACUUUAUUAAUCCCAAAGGGAAAUAAAAUUUUAAUAUUUAAUAUUCAGUAACAGGUCAAACCACAUCUCUAUUUCUCAGCACAAAAAACAAGAAAAGGAAAUAAAAAGUUGACUGUGGUGAAGAUGCAGCCCAACAAAAAUGUUUCCAUCAAAGCAGCAUAAGCAAAAAUAAUAAUGAGUUUCCUCUUUUGUCAGACUUUAGAUGAGGUUGCCUCACAGCAUUCUCCAUCCAGCAAAUGAAGCAUCCAGUUAUUGGCUCCACUGGUAAAAAUGUGCAUAAAGCCUUGAAAUAAAUUAAUUAUUUGUUGCAGUGGAGUAAUCUUGCCCUUAAAAGUUAGAAAAAUCCAACCUUUAAUUUGAUUACAUUUGUACAGUCCUGAAAAAUAUUAUACUAAUGAAUAAUUGUUUUAAAGAAAAUUACCUGUAGCACAGUUGUUGGUACCCCUGCUGUUAACAAUUUGAACCCCCUUCCUGCCUAUAGGACAGCGCUUGGUCCUAAUCGUACAGAGAGAGCAAUCUUUGAUCAUUCAUCUUUAUAAAAUAUCUCUAGAUUAUCCAGAGUCCUGGGUUCUCUCCUAUGUUCUCCGUUCUUUAGCUCACCCCACAGGUUUAGUUCUGAGGGAGUGGAGAUGGACAUGAAAAAACGUUGAUUCCUGAUUUAUUUAACAAGGUGUUUUGCAUCAUUAUAACAGCUUGUAAUGACCCAUUUUCAGUUUUCAGGGAGAGUCCACCGGGUUUUUAUUUAAAAUCUUCUGGUAUUUCAAACCCUUCCACAGCAUCAUAGAUCCUCCACCGUAUUUAACAGAGGACAGGAAGUGUAUUCCACAUAUUUAUUGUUUCACACCAAACCUACCAAGAGUGAAUGUUGCCAAAGUAGCAUAUUCUUGUUGUCAUCUGACCGAGAAACACACAGUUUCAGUUAAAGUCCACUAGUGUUUAGCAAAUUCAGCAUGUUUCUUCGUAAUGGUAAUAGACAGAAAUUACUUUUAAUGUCAUUAUCCAGACUCUGCAAUUACAUACUUUUAAUGGUUGUUAUGCAAACUAGAUGAUCCCAAUAUAUUGUGCUACAUGCAGCUUUGCACUAACAAUGAGCUUUGGAGGGUUUUAUUUGCUUUAUUCAUCUGUUUUUCACUUCCCAUAUUACCCUGCUCACUUUACAUGGUGGGAAGUGACUAGAAGAAACAGACAUCUGUGUUUCACUGUAUUUAUACCCAUUGGAAACAGGAAGUGUGGCUUUAUUUGUUAGACGUGUAGAUAAUCUAAGCUCAAUAAAAGUAUCAAUAGAUACACCCAGUGUUCAAAUUAAAGGUUGGAUUUUUCACUCAAAGAUUAUGCCACAGCUAUAAAUAAGAAUGUAUUGUCAGGGUUUUUCUUAAUCUUUACCAGAGUUGCAAGUAAAUUAUUCCACAUCUGCAAAUAUUUGUGCUUGUAUGAUUUUAAAGUCGGCUCUUGAGCUUUCUUAAAUCCAUGAGGAAUGUAAUUAUCUUCAACCUUUCACCUUAAAAUGUAUCAUGUUUUAAGGCCUCAUUUUAUUUUCUUCAGAUAGUGCCUGAUUCAUGUUUUCAAGGCAUGUUUGUUAAAAGGGUUUUAGUUUGAAACUUUUUGUUUGUAAAUUUCUACCAAAGGAAUUCAGUUGUGAUUUAAAACGUCUUUAUGGUUAUUUUCUGACUUUACACUACAUUGACUAAUCAUAUGUAUUGUUGUAUUUGUUUUUGUAUUGGAAAGUACAAUACUUCCAUUAUGCCUGAAACACCUUUGCAAGCAGUUGAUUUUUCAUUAGCACAAUCCCAUAUCAGAGUCGUGUGUGAAAUAAGUGUGGGUCAAAUCUGAUUUUCUGUAGUGCAACUGCAAGAUUUGUUUUUGCAUUUUGAGUUCGUUUCCUGCACUGAAAUACAUAUAACCUGUGAAUUUUUAAGCUGGUGGAUUUUUUGGUGUUAAACAUGUUGCCUACUUUUUUUCUACUAAAACAAUAAACCAACAUUUAUACAACACAUAAAGUAGCACUCCAUACUUUGCUUUUUGAACAGAGGCAAGAUGAAGACUGAACUAUUUCUUAAAGCACCUGUAUUUCUCUUUAAAAGGAGUCAGAUCAUACACAGUUUUGUAUUUUUUUGCUAAUGUUCCAUAUCUGUAUUCAUGCCCGAUUUAACAUUUUGACAAAUUGUAACCUCAAACUUCAAUGUGUUUUACUGGGAUUUGGCACCAGAUUAGUACAUAUGAUUUAAUUAGAUUUUAUUUAGAGGAAACAAGUUUGAAUGUAAAUGCACACCACAAUUUAUAGAUAUUUAGCCCCUUAUACUCUAAUACCCCUACAUAGAAUCCUGUGCUACCAUUUGUGCCUGUCUAUAAAAUAAAGUAACAAUAAAAUGCA